AUGAUAGUUUUCAUUUUCUUCGCUGUGGGGCUAUGCUUGGAGAAUGAGUCCACUUCCCAAACCAUUGAUUGCACAUAUUUAAGAGAACUCUGCCUAAGUGAUGCAGAUGGAUGUAAACAUGCCUGGAGAAUAAUGGAAGAUGCCUGCAAUGUGUCAGAUCCAGGCAACCCCUGCCAGAUGAAGGAUUCAUCCACCCGUAAUUUAAGUAUCUGGCCUUUAGCAGAAAGCAAUUUCCAAUUUAAAAAUUGUUUCUGCUGUACCUCCUGUACCAUUAAGAAAUUGCUUGGAAAAAAAUGCAUCAACAAAUCAGAUAACAUGAAAGAGGAUAAUAAAUUCAAGUGGAAUCUAACUACUCUUUCCUAUCAUGGAAUCAGAGGGAUCAGGUCCUGUUUGGAAGUGGCGGAGGAGUGUGUGGCGGAUGUGCUCUGUAACACACAGUUGGCCCUUUACCUGAAAGCUUGCUCAGCAAAUGGAAACCUGUGUGAUGUGAAACACUGCCAAGCAGCCAUCCAGUUCUUCUACCAAAAUAUGCCUUUUAACACUGCCCAGAUGUUGGCUUUUUGUGACUGUGCUCCUUCUGAUGUACCUUGUCAGCAGUCCAGAGAAGCUCUUCACAGCAAGCCAUGUGCAGUGAACAGAGUUCCAGCCCCAACUUGCCUCGAUAUAAUUCACAGCUGCCAAAAUGAUGAAUUAUGCAGGAGGCGCUAUAGAACAUUCCAGGCAAAGUGCUGGCAGCAUGUGAUAAGAAAGUGCCAUGAGGAUGAGACCUGCAUCAGUACCUUAAGCAAGCAAGACCUCACUUGCUCCGGAAGUAAUGACUGCAAAGCAGCUUACAUUGGUACCCUUGGGACAGUCCUUCAAAUGCAGUGCACCUGUAGGACCAUUACCCAAAGUGAAGAAUCCUUGUGCAAGAUUUUCCAGCAUAUGCUUCAUAGAAAAUCAUGUUUCAAUUAUCUGACACUGCAUAAUGUCAAAGGCAUUGCAUUGCAUAAAGGAAAACAUGCAAAGGAAAUAACUCUCAGCGGAUUUCAUUCCCCCUUCAAUGAAGUCAUCUAUGCUGUCAUGUGCAUGGCAGUCACCUGUGGAAUUCUUCUCUUGGUGAUGGUCAAACUGAGAACCUUCAGAAUAUCAAGUAAAACAAGAGACCCUUCACCAAUCCAAAUACCUGGAGGACUCAUGAUUCAUUGAGAGUCACGAAUAAUUAACAAUCACUGUCUUUAAAGCAAGUCUUUGUAGCCAGUCAACAGAAUAUCCUAUCCAUUGUCAACAAAGAAAAUGUUAGGAUGGAUUUAAUGGUACUGGAUCAUUAAGUAUGUUCAUGUAAGGUAUAAUAAUUGGAAUGAUGUUAGAUUUGUUUUUUCGUAGGAAAAAAUUCAAGUAUAAAUUUACAGUGGUAUCUUUGGACACUAGUAUAGAAUUACAAAGUUACCCUUGAAGGCAAAAAAUAGUGUUAUUCUAAGCUACACUCUGCGUAGUUUGUUUCAUAAUAAAUUUGAGUCCAUAUAAGAAUAAUUUGUUGUAUCAUAAUAUAAUUUUAUAGUUAGCAGAGUAUUUUCUGGUCAGUUUUAUAAAUACCUAUUAACUUGCCAAAAGGAAACUGCUAAUAAAAUAACCAGUGUAUGUGUCAUUUGUAUAUCCAUUUCCAAGUCAUCAACUACAUAAUUAGCAUUAACUUUAAGUUUCUAAAUAUAUUUGAUUAGAUGAUUAGUCUUAAAAAUCGGAAGUGAUAUCUUUGGAUUUUUGUAAUUUGAAUACUAUUGAACUGUACUUUGUUAACUUGAUAUUUUUAUGUCAUGUUCAUAAAGAUGUAAAGCAACUACACUGGCCAAAAAAUCCAUGUGCAUUUCAAUGAUAUAUUUCAUUUGUAAAUUUAAUUUUUUCCUAUGCUAAUUAUUAUGAACUUCUGCAAUGAUAAAGUAACAUGAUAAUUGUUACUUUCUAUAUUGUUACUAUAAUGUUACUUUUGGCCUGAUUUGACAUCAGAAUAUAAAUGUGAAUAGAAAAUUGUGGAAAAGAUGUUUGUUAAGUUGUUGAUACAUAUGUGC